UAAUGCGUGGGUGAAGGAAAAACCACAAUGGCUGCCACCAAGUUACGAGCCGUUGUAAAAGCUCCGUGAUGUAAACGGAGGAAAAACAAUUCGCGAAUGUUUAGUAAAACGAAUUCGUUGACCUGUUUCCUGUAGAAAGAAUGGCGGGUUUAGAAGGCUACGAGAGCGUAUAUCGAGGUCGGUCCGUUAGGUCGUGGGAGAUGAAUGCGCCCUAUCCACAAAAGUAUCAUGGUCGAGAGGUUAUCCGUCCUCUAGAUAUACCUGUUAUGCAUCCUCUGGCAGAAGACAAUCCGCCGAUCGUCGACGAUGAUACCACUCUGAGCAAGUAUGUGGGAUUAGGUUGUGGAUUGGCGAGCUUAAUUACAGGAAAUCUGUUAAUACACCCUUUUGUGGUAUUGCGAAGACAGUGUCAAGUUAAUCCAGGCGCAACAAAAUAUCAUUUAAUGCCCAUAACUUUAGUUCCAGUAAUAGUACGUUUACAUCAGACUCAAGGUAUAAAUACACUGUGGAAAGGAAUCGGUUCAGUGUUACUUGUGAGAGGCAUGACAUUGGCAGUUGAGGAUUUGAUUUCAAAGAUCACGCCGUGGCCAAAGAAGAUUACUUGUAACAGCUCUUUGAAAGCAUUUGGCCAACAUAUCCUUCUCAAAUGUGUCUCCAUAGCUAUAGUGACCCCUUUUUAUUCUGCGUCGCUUGUGGAGACAGUUCAGUCUGAGAUUGCUUCUGAAUGUCCUGGAAUCCUGGAUGUUUUUCGUGAUGGUGCAAUCCGCUUACUGGAUGUAUGUAAUAAGGGUAGACUUCUUCCUAUUUAUGCCCUCGUACCGCCUACUAUAGUUUAUGAAGUAUCAAAAUAUCUUUUUACUCUAAUUGUGAGAGGAGUAUCUAGUCGAAUUAUGCACGUCAGACAUAAACAUUCACAGGAGGCAAGAGGCGCAUACAGUAAAGAUUUACUAUCUGAAAGUGUUGUCCAAGAUAUAGAAAUGCAAUCUAUCCUUAUAUCGACAUGUGCUGCGGAUGUCGUGUUUUAUCCCCUUGAAACUGUUAUUCAUCGAUUACAUCUUCAAGGUACCCGCACCAUUAUUGAUAACUUAGACACCGGAAGAAGUGUUACACCAUUAUUAACCGGAUAUAGCAGUGCGGCCGAUUGUUAUCGUACUAUAAUUUCGACCGAAGGACCACUUGGUUUGUAUAAAGGAUUUGGUGCUCUUAUUAUGCAAUUUGCGGUACAUUUCAUUGUAUUGCGUACGACGAAAUGGCUUUUGACAGAAUUAGGCACGAUGCUGAUGCCGAAACCUAAGUCAAUAAAGCCACAGAAAUCUCCAUAUUAUAAUGAAAUAUAAAAAAAGACUAACAUUUGUAACAAAAUAUUGUAAAAUAUAUAUACGGAAUUAUUUAUUAAAUUCUAACAAAGAUAAUUUCUAUCACUUUAAUGAUUCUGAUGAAUUUAGAUUUCGCAGUUGUUUUCAUAAUUUUUUUCCGUUUUGUUACUGGUAACAAAAUAUUCGAAAGUGUAAAUUGUGUGCAUUGUUUUCUAUCUCUAUAUUGUACGUUUUACAAGCGCAAUACAAAUUAAAUAAAAGAUUAAAUAAAUCUAUAUAAUAUA